AUGGAUUUCCUGGCCAGUAUAUCUCUCUCAGCCUGUUCAUAUGUAUCUAUCUAUCUAUCUAUCUAUCUAUCUAUCUAUCUAUCUUCACCCUUACUAUUCAUUAUCUAUCUAUCUAUCUAUCUAUCUAUCUUGAUCUGUUCAUAUCUAUCGAUCAAUCUAUAUAUCUAUCUAUCUACACCCUUCCUGUUCAUAUCUAUCUAUCUAUCUAUCUAUCUAUCUAUCUAUCUAUCUAUCUAUCUAUCUAUCUAUGCCUUUAUUCUAUCUAUCUAUCUAUCUAUCUAUCUAUCUAUCUAUCUAUCUAUCUAUCUAUCUACACCCUUAUUCUUCUUGUAUUUCUCACUUUGCCUAUUUCUCUCUCCUUCUUCGUUUCACUGUUAUUUUACUCUCUCUCUCUCCCUCUCUCUCUCCCUCACUCUGUUAGACUUUCCGUCUCUCGACAGCUACUUUUUUUCCAUUUUCCCUCUCUUUCCCAGUCACCGUUUCUCUUUCACUCUCUCUCUCUCCUUCUCUCUCAGAUUUUUCUUGUAUUUCUCUCUUCGGCUAUUUCUCUCUCCUUCUCCGUUUCACUGUUAUUUUACUCUCUCUCUCUCUCUUUCUGUUAGACUUUCCUUCUCUCUACGGCUACACUUUUUCCAUUUUCCCUCUCUUUUCCAGUUACCGUUUCUCUUUUACUCUCUCUCUCUCCUUCUCUCUCAGAUUUUUCUUGUAUUUCUCUCUUCGUCUAUUUCUCUCUCCUUCUCCGUUUCACUAUUAUUUCACUCUCUCUCUCUUUCUCUCUCUCACACUAUUAGACUUUCUUUCUCUCUACAGCUACACUUUUUUAAUUUUCCCUCUCUUUCUCAGUCACCGUUUCUCUUUUACUCUCUCUCUCUCUCUCUCCUUCUCUCUCAGAUUUUUCUUGUAUUUCUCUCUUAUUUCUCUCCUUCUCCGUUUCCUGUUAUUUUACUCUCUCUCUCUUUCUCUCUCACUCUAUUAACUUUCCUUCUCUCUGGCUACUCUUACAUUUUCCUUCUCUUUCCCAGUCACCGUUUCUCUUUUACUUUCUCUCUCUCUCUCUCAGAUUCUUCUUGUAUUUCUCUCUUAGACUAUUUAUGUUUUCUCUCUCCUUAUCUGAUUCAUUGUUUUUUCUACACUCUUUCUUUCUAUUAG